AUGGUGAGCCUCCAGGCCGUCCAGGCGCACAAUGCGACUCUCAAAUCCCUAACCCCAGGUCUCAUCGCGGUGUUUGGUAAGUUCAAUCUGCUCCAACAUGCCACCCGCUACGAUGAAGCAAUUGCUGCAAGAUCCCCUCUCAAAGCCUUACACCUCACUAAUCCCCUCCCAGUCGGCGGUACUUCGGGCAUCGCCCUCUCAACCGCCCUCGCCCUCGCCCGUCAAACCCCCUCUCCUAAAAUCUACCUCAUCGGCCGCAGCCAGUCCGCCGCCGAUGUUGCCAUCGCCUCCAUGAAAACCAUCAAUUCCUCUGCCCAGCCAACCUUUCUCCAAACCGACAUAUCCCUUCUCAAAAAUGUCGACAGCGUCUGCGCUGAGAUUGCGGCAAGAGAGAGAAAAAAGUGA